UCAGCAGCUCAGAGUUAAAGCAGUGGGAAUGUAGUGGGAUGUAGUGUAAUGUAGUGGGAUGUAGUGUUUGUGAGGAAGGUCCGUCAUGCUGAAGGCCGCUUGUCCAUCCUCGCAGUGUUUUCCGCUCCGUGCAUGAACGCAGCGCGAGCAGACGGAGCCUCAUGAGCCGUUUGGAGAAGAUGGAGUUCGGAGUUUGGAGCCGAGCGGCAGCCGCAGGUCAGCAGUGAGUGAUUCCAAGUUGAGCUGCGGUGCUGCUGCUCCCUCAGUCCGGCGGAGGAGCCGCUGCUGCUGCUGGACUUCCUGCCGUCCUGCUUUAUUACUUCGCUAUUUCGGCCUGUUUCGGAGCCCCGCUGUUCCUGCAGGAUGAGGAGCUCGGAGGAGCCGGAGGUGUUUGAUGGAGAGGCCUCCAGCGCCUCCAUGAUGAGCGGCGCCACCAGCCCUUACCAGCCGACCACAGAGCCCGUCCAGGCGGCCAGAGGGGUCAGGGGCGUCCGCUGGGACACGGAGUACCUCCGCUCCUCUUUCGGCAUCCUGAAAGCGCUGGAAGUGGUCCUGUCUCUGAUCGGCUUUAUCUGUAUCGAGACGGUGAUGAUGUGUUCUCCGUGUGCGGGAGUUUACCUGUUUGAGUUUGUGAGCUGCAGUGCCUUCGUCGUUACGGGAGUUUUACUCCUCAUCUUCAGCCUAAACCUGCACACCAAAGUGCCGCAGGUCAACUGGAGUCUAACGGACCUGAUAAAUACUGCCUCCAGCACUGUGUUCUUCUUCCUGGCCUCGGUGGUUCUGGCAGCUCUAAACCACCAGAGUGGAGCCGAGAUCGCCGCUGUGAUUUUUGGGUUUUUGGUGACGGGCGUGUACGGAGUGAACUCGUACCUGGCAGUGCGUCGAUGGCGUUUGGGUGAGCAGCGACCCCUGCAGGCCAGUGAGUACAUCCGUGCCCGUACUGCCUCGCGAGGGGAGGUGGAGGCACGGCCCGAACUGCAGUAACACAAACUCCUGGACCACCGCAGACUGAGACUGAAAGUAACCCCCCGACUCUCACUCCUGGACCAGCAGCCUGUUUUCCACUGCAGGGCUGAACAGCACAUUCAUAUACUCAGUUACGGUUUCUUUUUCCAUCUGCUGCGCUGCUGCGUGAGGAUGAAGAAGUACCUAAAAAAUGUCAGGUCACCCAGAUUUUCUAGCUAAUGCUAAUGCUAAAGCUCUCAAGGCUCGCUAGUAAAGGGGGUUGCUAGCUUGUCAUGGCAAAGCCAAUGAAAUUCUAUAGUGUUUAUUUAAAAUACUACCUGAAUCCUACCAUUUUGAUAAAAAAGUAAUGAAUACAUCCAAAUUUGACCAGACAUGAGCAAGAUGAGCACAAGUCAAGUCAAGUCAGAGUUUAUUUAUGUAGCGCUUUUUACAACAGGUGUUGUCACAAAGCAGCUUUACAGAAAAAUCCAGGUCUGAGCCCCCAUGAGCGUCACCAGUGGAGACAGUGGAAAGGAAAAACUCCCUAAGAGCAAAGAGGAAGAAACACUGAGAGGAACCAAGACUCAGAAGGGGAACCCAUCCUCCUCUGGUCGACACCGGAACGGGGAAAACAGGCGGAGCAAUGCUUAAUUAGAUUAGUUUUAGUUUAUGCAGCGGCAGCAGUUCCAGGGGAAUGAGUGCUUUUUCAGUUAUUUUUGCCUUAAAAACAACAGAACAAUAGGAAAACGGAUGGAAGUGUGAUAUUAAAUUGGAUGAACGUAUCGAUGCAAAUUUUCUAAAAAUCAUUAAGCUGUUCCACUCGAACAUAAACGCUAAAACAGCACAAAAUCAGUUAAUUAAAACAAGCUACUAGGGCUGUUCAGUUCAAUAAUAAUAAUUAAUAAAUAAUAUUUACCGUGCCUAAAAUAAGUGCACUCAAGAUCUGUCACCAUUACAGCUCUCACGUCAGCCCUCCUCACUAACCGCCUGGUUUGACCGGCACUAGAUAAAUCUAGAUUAAGAUUUUAAUUUGAAGCAAAACUCUGUCAGUUUAAGUCGUGCUAUAGCUAAAUAACAUGGCUGACCAACAAGGGCUAAACGGUAUCUGUCCACUACUAAGGUGUUUGAGCAUUCGUGAUGUUUGAUUAUACAAUAAUUUUUCUCUUACAAUAUUUCUAUUUUAGUUUGCAUUUAUCAGAGAGGCUGUCUGACACAGUGACAGCGUAAGAUCUUGCGAGCUGCUUUUUGCUCAGAUGCAGAAGAAAUCGGUUCCAAAGUUUUUGAGUCGACUACUCAAGUAAAAGUAUAAAUAUUUUAGUAAAAUAAUGACUCAAGUAAUCUUAAAGUAUCUUCCCAAUACACAACUUGAGUAACUUACAGAACUGCAGUGGAACUUCAGCGUCUAUCAGCACAGAAACUGACGACUUCACAGCUCUUACUCUUCUCUUUUUGGGAUUUUUUGAUCUAAAAGUAAAUGCUAAAUCUCCAACGUCAGAGAUGUGACCAAUCACAAAGCAGUACAGACAUCGUCAAAUGAAACACAAUGAAAUUAAACGCAAAGGAAAAAAAGGAAUCGUUAACCAAAUAUGAAUGGCUGUAAUGUAACUGAGUACACACUUGAAAAAGAUGGUUCUUCAAAGGUUCUUUGUUAUUCUGUUUAGAACCAUGAGCUCCAUAUUGAACUAUCUGCAAACCAUUAUGGUUCUAUAUACCACAAAAAGGGGUUCUGCUAUAGUUACGAUAUCAAGCUUCCAACAAUACAAGAACCAUUUCUGAAGAAUCAUUUUACCAUAAUCUGCAGAACUAUUUCACCAUGCAGAGAACCAUUUAAGCAUGCGAAUAGUUCUAUAUAGAACUCAUGGUUCAAAACGGAAACCCUUGCCUUUACCAAAGAGGCCUUGAAGAACCAUCUUUUUAAGUGUGUAGAUUCCUUUACUCACUAAUACAGUCGAGCAGAAGUUGAUGUGUUAUGAUUUGAAAACACUCAGGAGAGAAAAAAUCCUUCAGUAUUUAGCUGAAGUGCAUCUACAGCAGCUCACUGCACUCAGAACCGUUCAGCCCUGCAGUUGGAACGAGGACAGAGACUGUAAACACCACUCAGAUCCCCUGGGUCGUCAUUUCCCAGACCGACUGUGUGACUCUAACGACUGAGCAAUUUUCCUCGGCUCAUGCGGACACUUCCGGAGCGUCCAGUCGUAUCUCUCCAUCGCUGUGAACUGUGUCGCUGCUUGAAAGCGUGAUGAGAAUAUACACACGUGCCUGCGAGGCUGGACCUAAUGUGUGGACUCGAGUUCUCUUUCUCUUUAUUUACAGUGACACACGGAACACAUGAAGGAUCUGGACCGGAUUUACAGCCUGGUUGCAUUAAACCAGAUUUUAUCUAAAGCCCUGCUGGAGCUGGAUUAGUUUAACCUGGGGAGAUUCUGUAAUUUAAGUCAUUAGCAGUGAGAUUGGUGAUUUUAGUCCAGCACAAAUCUGUAAUGUGCAUCUGACAGUAAUAACUGACCCCUCCAAGCUCCGCCCACUUCACAAUACCUACAUUUAGAGCCAGUUAUUCAUUCAACCUAAUGAGAAACUGUAGAACAGACUCAGUUUAUAUCACAGUACCUACAUUUAGAGUCAGUUUUUCAUUCAGCCUAAUGAGAAACUCAAAAUAUAGAAGUUAUUCAAAUUGAAAUGCUGUAAAGUUUGUUCAUAGAUGCUAUGCAAUGCUGUGUAACUACACAGGAUCUAUCCUAACAGUGUGACCUUUCACUUAUAUUGAAUAUAAAUAUAAUGUGAAAUUUGUGGGCGGAGACUGUAGAGUGUUUGGUCUUCUGUUAUUGGCUAUAACCAGAGCUCCUUUAGUAAUAGUAGUCCUGUUUAGGGCUGGGCAGUAUGACAAUAUUUAUCAUUAUUCUAAUAAAUUAAGUCACAAUAUGUCUCAGUAUGCUUUCCUGAGCGUAUUAUGGAUAUCAUCAGUAGUUAAAACCACUUCCUACCUGCAUGUUUGAUAACGAAGAGCAUAAUUAGGUUUUUAAUUAAAUGUUUAAUUAGAGUUAGUGCAGCACAGUGUGCGAAAUGGUGAAUACAAAGUAUUUUUAAUGCAAUACUAUUUUGUCUGGUCCAACUUAUCAAAUG